GGAGAAGAAGGAACUGCACCACCAACUUGAUCCCCUAUUGCUCACCUUCCGAUUAUACAAUUCCGAACGCGCAAUCAUCACCGGGGCCCCGUCACAAAGCGCGUCGUCGUCUCCAAAGCUUCAAACUUUGCUAAUUCUCUCGCUGCGUCUCUCGUCGAUCGCAGUGAAAGGGGUUUUCUUUUUUCUGCCGAAUUGGCCAUUCUCUCUUGGCAAUCUCACGUUUUUGUGCUGCUAUAUAUGUUGAACUCCCUAGAUUAUUCUCUGAAGUCGAGAUGGCCGCUGGGGAAGGUCUUGAUUUGCAAUCUCUGAAGACCCAGCUAAGCCAAACACCUGAAAUGUGGAAGCAGGAGAUGGCACAGAUGGAAACACGAGUGGAUGCUUUGCAAGUCAAGCUUCAGGCCGUAAAAGCUUGUUUACAUGUGUCAGACGAAGAUGAAAGGAAGGAACUAGAGGUUCUAUGGGAAAGGGUGAAAAGUAUAGCAAAAUUGUUGACCUACUUAAAAUCAAAGGCUAUGGUCAUGGCUGAACCGUACUUGCGUGAAUCAUAUGGUGUCAAACACAUGGAAGGUGCAGCACUUGUUGAUAGAAGUGAUAGUCCAUUGCCUAGCAUGUCUAGGGAUGUUGAUCUUUCUUUAAUUGUCGGUUCAGAUGGACAAGAUUCAUUGAGUGGAACUGCCAAGCGGCAAGAUUGCUUCAAUGAAAAGGAUAUGGUCUAUAUUGAUGAAUUGCUCAAGUCGGUGCAGAUCGUGACUGAUUUAAUGGAAUCUCUUGUUAAGAGGGUUCUUUUGGCUGAAUCUGAAAUUGCAAUAGAAAAGGAGAAGGUUACUUUUGGUCAAUUAGAGAUCAAGAGGAAGGCUGCUCAAAUUGAGAGCAUGUCCCUAAAGUUAGAAGAAAUGGAGAGGUUUGCUGUGGGUACGAACAGUAUUUUAAAUGAGAUGCGACAAAGGGUUGAGGAUUUGGUGGAGGAGACAUCUAGACAGAGGCUAAGAGCUGAGGAAAAUGAAGUGGAGCUUAGUCGUGUAAAGCGUGAUUUUGAGUCUCUGAAAUCGUAUGUUAGCAGCCUUAUUACAGUGCGAGAAACUCUUCUCUCAUCAGAAAAGCAAUUUCAGACAAUGGAGAAGCUUUUUGAACGGCUAAUGGCUAAAACAACCCAGUUGGAGAGCGAGAAAAUGCAAAAAGAGGUGGAGGUGAAGAAACUCAUGGAAGAUAAUGUGAGGUUGACUAUGCUUCUCGAUAAGAAGGAAGCACAAUUGAUGGCCUUGAACGAACAAUGCAAGGUCAUGGCUCUCAGUUCGUUGAAUAUAUAGGCCUGCAGUCUUAUCAUUGCCAGUCACUGUUCAUAUUCUUGGGUGAGUUUCUUUGUAACGUGCAUACCCCGUCACAUGCAGCAGUAAACGAAACCAGCGGGAUCGAUUGUAUGAACUCUUCAUUGAUUUAUGUAGAUUGUAAAAUUGUGAAGACCAGAAAAUUUUCCCUUGAGAGACUUGGAGACUGGUCAUUGUAUUGUUGGUGGAAUGAGCCGACAAAGUGUUUGUCCGGAAAGGCAAGUUAUUGGGUGCACAACAUGACUUGUUUAAUUCUCUCAUGGAUGUUCUGCUUAUAAUAUAGGGUUCAAUUUCCACAA